UAUUCGCAUCCGGGGAGUGGAGUGGAGAUAUAAUUGUGUUUAGUGUUUGUUUGUGUUCGUGUUUUUGUAGUUGUGAGGAAGGUCAUGGACUUGUUUGUUGAUGUUGUGGAUGCAUUGAGUCUAUUUUAUUAGAAUCUGCGUAAUUCUAAGUAAAGUUUUAAGAAGUGUGUAUAGACUACGGCGUAGAUUCUUUCGAUUGCCCUCAAGAAGAUUAGCUCAUAUAAAAUUGACUUUACUUUUAGAACAAAAGUGAGGAAAUAUUGAGUAGUUAUUUCACUUCUAUGUUUAUAAUACACGUUCUUUCGUAAUGGAAAAUUCACCACUUCUAUUGGCACAUCAAAACGACAGAAAAGCGGACAACCACAUUCAGUAUAAAAGGUUUGAUGAAGCGCUGACGUGUCACAAAGCUGCAGCAGAGCUGCUGCUUCAUGCUAUGCAACUGACGUCUGUGACCAAAGCUGUCGAAGCUUUGCGUCUGCAGUAUGACUAUCAUAAAAGACAAGAAGAUAUUGUGCAGGUGAAGAAAGUCCAGUUUGAAAUAAAAAAGAAAAUUAUGGAAUAUCGAAACCGCAGAACAAUGCAAAAAAAGACAACUCAAAAGGAGAAGAAGGAUAAGGACUUGCAAUGGGCCAUAUUCAAGACCAUGGAGGAGGCUGACUCCCUGUUGGGGUUGCUGCUGCCAAAGGAGGCACCAGAAGCAGAGGUGGCCACUGUGCCCGGAUUCAAGCGACCCAAAGACGAACAAACUGUCAUUGAGGAGCUGUACACACUAAACACGCAGUUGAGGAUAUUCAUCACGCAGCUGUUGACAAAACUGGAGACAGCUGAGCGGCAGUUGGAGGUGGCCAAGAUUCGGCUGGAAGUGUACGAGAACGCACCGCCGAAGAUCAUCGAUUUGCCACCCCUCGACAUGUCAGUCAGUGAGUCUCUGGAGGCUUCAAAGUACGAAUUUCCUGCCCCCACUUCCAAAGAGGAGGAGCCCAAUACAGGCCAGGGUGAGAACUAGGCCUUGAGUAUUUUGUCACAAUGAGAGUAAAGUCUUGAUUAGUUUAGGUUAAUUUUUUUCAAAAGUUGUAGAUGAAGGAAAGUUCUUUAGCUCCAAUUUUGUGAUGCAAAUUUAAUGGGACGAUUAGACGACUUUUUUCGCUUAAAAAAUCUAGAUUUUUCUAGUUCUUAGGAACAGGAUAAUACAAGAAGCAGGAGUUUAACUCCAAGAAUUUCAGUUUGAUCUGCAGUUGAAAUGCUUAAGUUGAAAGAAACGUCACUGUUACAAUCACUAUGUAUUUUAUAAAAAUAUUUUUGAAAUUUCUAUAAAAUCAAACAGAACAACAGCUAUUAAAGAUCAACAUUGUUGUGCAACAAUGGCAGGCAUAAUUUGUCAGUAACCAAGUAUUUUUACCUCACAAAUAUGUAUUUUACAGUAUGCAUUAAAAUAUUUUACAGUGUCAUAUUACAGUUGGGAGGAAGCCCAAAAUGUCCAUAAAACUGCUAUAGAUGCUACCAGAUUGAUUAAUAAAUAUAAUAUAACCUUUCAGAAAAUCUACGUACCUGAUAUUAAUUUACACUGAUUCAAGCAUCUUAAAUCAAAGCAAUGCUGUAUGUUUUUGAAAAUUUUUGUGUAAAAUUCACCACCAAUUUUAAUUAUUUUACAUUAAAAGAUUACUAGUUUGACAGAGAACAUUAUGUUUAUAUAUCCUUUGUUCUUUCUAUUCUGUUAUUAUUGGUAAAUUAAGAUUUGACGUAGAAAAAACCAAUAGCAAGACUUAUUAAGUAAUUAUUUUUAAGAUGUAUUUUGCUGUACUCAUUUAACACAAUUAUUUGUUAGCAAAAAUGGACAAUUUAUAUAGUUCUUUUCUAUAAAUAAAGAAUAAUACGUGUAAGUGAGUCACCUCGAAUAUUUUAAUGUAUGGGAAAAGUUUUUUGCUAUACCUAGAAAUUGUAAUUAGGUUCAGUGAGUUUAUUUCCAGCAUUCUAAAUUUGAAGUAAAAUUUCCUAUUUGUCGGAAGUACUCAGCCAUUCUUUUUUGGAAUUGAUUAAAAUUAACCGAUGAUUACAUCAUCAAUGUCAGUUUCUUGGAAAUCUGAUAAGAUUGUCACAAAACACAUGGUUGUAAAUUCAUUGUGGAUAAUUCAGGAUCGUUUUUAAUUACUAAAAAUUAAGUUUAUAGCCUACCAUGAAACAAUCCAAUGAACAUAAAUGUCUUAUUAUAAGCAUGUUUCGAAGGUCCUGCACAGGAA